AUGGCUGCCUGUGGAAGCCUUCGGCAUAUCUUUGAUAAGCCAUCGCCAUUAGAGACCCCAAAAGCUUCCAUUGAUGAUUCAUGGAAACGCAUCAAUCCCAAUAAAGCCAUUGACGAUAUGUUCAGUGAGCUUCAUUUCAAUGAGAAAAACGAUUUACUUCCAUCCACCAACCAUUAUCAAUGCACGAGUGUUGGCAUGAAUUCAGAAAGCUUAUCCAUGUGCACCGAAGGCCUUGGUUUUGAAAGCUUUGAUGACGUGGUGGAAGAUAUGAAAGAAAAACAAGAUGUUCAUAUUGAUCAUCAAGGUAAACAACAGGAGGAAAGAACGACAAAGCAUGCAGUAUCAGAGAUAUUACCAGGUGAUCAGUCUAAGAGGUCGAGGAUAAAAGGAAUGGAAUUCCCUCCACCAAUUUCUUCUAUUGGAAUCAGUGGGAAGCCAUGGGUGUACCUUGAAUCUUUCCGUAGCAAUGGAAGGUUUAUUCUUAAGGAAGUAAUGAUCCCGACUCAAGAACUCUUGCAUGCAUGUCGAGAAGAUGGAAGAUUGAAGUUGCAGUUUAUUCAGUCUGAUGGUGAAGCAUUAAAUGGAGAAGACGAUGAUGAAGAGAGAAAAAAAUGGAGGUGA